AUAUGAGUGUAAUAAACAUAAAAAAUUUAAUAUUUGAGGAAGAGAAAGAAGAAUUCUCUUGGGACGAAAACGCAUUAAAAGCUUUCAAAAAGGUUAUCAGAGAUCAAGGAUUUAAAUUUCAAAUGGACGAUAUUUUUCUUCUUGGUUUUCUUCGUGCUAGAAAGUAUGAUAUUGAAAGAUCUCUUCAGUUACUUAAAAACUACUUCAAAGUAAGAAUAGAAUAUCCCCAAUACUUUAAGAAUCUUUUACCUUCUAAAUUGGGGCCUGCUUUAGAUUUGAAUAUGAUGCAGUUUUUACCAAAACCCGAUCAGGACGGAAGUUACAUUUUCGUUUACCAAUUUCGUAAGUACGAAUUUUGUUUAUUUUUUCAGAACUUGGAAGAAAAAUUUACGCAAAAAUUCAGUGACGAUUCGGUUUUAAAUAUGAUCAUCUAAAUAUAUACAAUUACUUGUCCUGACUGAUUACUGAGUCACUGAUCGAUUCAUCAUCGCUCAGAUCAAACCUCUGAACUUGAGAUGAAAUUUGGUACACAUUAAUAAGGGAUUUUUCGAAAUUCCCUCGCGGGGGAGAGGGAGAGCAUUAAUGCUUAAUUUGAAGAAAGGUUUUUGAAAUUGAUUUCCAUACUUUUUCUUAAAUUGAUAAGAUUUCAGACAUUUUUAUAAACAUUUUUAUAUAUUUCGAU